AAAUUAGCUCAAGAAUUAGGAUUAAAAGAUGCUCAGAUAAAAUUAAUUGUUCCAUUCUGCCUUUUGGAUUGUCUUUCCUCGUCAAUUUAUCAAUUAAUCAUGAUAAAAACAAGUUUCAAGUUGAAGUCAUUAUUCAAGUGAAUCUUAAUCAGCUGUUAGAAUAAGGAAAUCAUUCACUAAUAGUACAGAAUUUGUUGUAUUUUUUGUUUUUAAUUAAUUAGUUUUCCAAUUUCGUCAAUUGAUUUAAAUCUCUGGCUUGAAUGGCUUUAAAAAAUAUCAAAGUAAUCGAAUUGGCUGGUUUAGCUCCAGCUCCUUUUUGUGGGUUAAUUUUAAGUGAUUUUGGAGCUGAAGUUAUUAAAGUUGAUAAGAUCGGAGGAGAUCCGUUGAAGUGUUUACUAAGUCGAGGCAAAAAAGGCCUUGAAAUUGACCUGAAACGUUCGGAAGGGAUCAAAUUGAUGGAGAAACUUUGUUCCAAGGCUGAUGUUUUGAUCGAACCUUACAGACCUGGGGUCAUGGAGAAAAUGGGAUUAGGGCCUGAACAACUAAUGAAAUCAAAUAAACGUCUAAUUUAUGCUCGACUUUCUGGUUAUGGUCAACAAGGUCCAUUUUCACGUCUAGCGGGUCAUGAUAUCAAUUAUCUCGCAGUGUCAGGGGUUCUUUCGUUACUCAAAGAUUCAGGGACAGAAUCUAUUCCUCGUCCGCCGAUUAAUCUUCUUGCUGAUUUCGCCGCCGGUGGGCUGUGUGCACUUGGAAUAGCCAUGGCUUUGGUGGAGAGAAACACAUCGGGUCUUGGUCAAGUGGUUGAUGCAAAUAUGACCGAAGGCAGUAGUUAUCUAGCUACGUGGAUUCGUGAGUCAAAAGCUCAUCCAUUUCUUAGCUCAUUCAUUUGGCCUAAUAACGACAAACCCGGUGAAAAUACUCUCGAUGGUGGAGCUCCGUUUUACUCAGUCUAUAAAACAGCGGAUGAGAAAUUCAUGGCUGUUGGUUCAUUGGAACCUCCAUUCUUUGCCCGAUUGGUUGAUAAGGUUGGUCUUGAAGGCGAUUUUAGUCCUGGAAUAAUCGACCCGGCGAUGAAACAGCAAUUGGAAGAAAAAUUUUCAAAGAAAACACAAAACGAGUGGAUCGAAAUCUUCAGAGAUGUUGAUGCUUGUGUCACGCCAGUGGUCAAUUUUGACGAAGCGUCACAAUUUAGUCACAACAAGGAAGCGAAAUCAUUUCUUUCCGAUGGAUCACCGAUUCCAGCACCAAGACUUAAUCGUACCACAGCUAAUCCAGUUUUAGUCGAAAGACAAAUAGAUAAUCUUCGUGAUUUCCUCGUUGAUCAUCAACUUGAAAACACAGAAAUCGACUAUUUAAUAGAGAACAAUAUUGUUGCUCUUCCUCUGACCAACUCGAAACUCUAAUCAAAUAUUAAUCAAAUAACCCAAUUAAUUCAAGUCUAUUUUCUAAAAAUAUAAAAAUUAAUCAAUUAUUAAUCGUCAAUAAUUAGCUUGAAGUUUAAUUUUCAGGUUGAAAAUAUGUUAUUGAAUCAAAUUGUUAUUCAAUACAAGAUAAUUGUGAUACAACAAUUUAUUGAUUAAAAUUGUUAACUUUAUUGUUAACGUUUAUACGUUUAAAUGAGUUUCGAAACUUUUUAUGAAGUUCGUUAUUUUCUAAACCAGGGCAACUACAUUGAUAGAAAAAAUUGAUGUUUAA